GUGGAAGCGAAGAGCCGAGUGGUGCUGGCAGGAGUCUGAGCCACACGAUAAACUCUGGCAUCAGCUUGCCUCGUUCCGGCAGUCAGGGAGGACACGGCGAGCGUGCUGGGGGCAGAGAGACGGGAGAAAGAGCAAGCGUGUCAGAAGGCGGGGGAGAGAGUGAGUGAAAGAGAGAGAGAGGAAGAGAGAGAGCAAGAGAGAGAGAGAGAAAGAGAGAGAGAGGAGGAGGGUCGGGGAGGCUCGGUGGUCAGUGCGAUGAGACAAACGAAUAGACGAGUGAGGAGAAGCUGUCAUCUGCGCCCAGCUUCCCUUUUUUCGCAGCUUUGCCCGUCUGUCGGCUGCCUCGCGACGGCAGGCGAACGCCAGCGGGGGAUGACUGGUGGCUCGUUUUCAGCCGCGCGGUUAUUGGAGUGACGCUCGCGGCGGCGCUGACAGGAUCGGAGGCGGCGGCGUCUUCUCCAGCCACUUCGGGCUCAUCCGACAGACUGCCGAUUGCUCUUUCUCGCCUCCUCCUGCCCGUCCUCCUCACAGCUUCAUCUUCCUCUUCCUGAUGAGCCCGCGAGUGAAAGACCCCUGCAGAUAGAGGCUUCUCUCUGUCAAGACAGUGCCAUGUGCGGUUGUCCGGUGCACCCCGUGCCAGCGGCGUUGCCCCGGAUCUGGAGGGAAACGCAUCACAUCUCUCAUUCGCGGGGGCUCCACCGGGAAUCUUUGCUUGGAUUUAUCUCAUCCUGUUGGAUGGCUCUCUGAAAGAAGAGUCCGCAUAGGAAACCACAUACAGCACGGAUAAGAAGUAAAAUAAUUAUCCAAUCAUGGCAAGUAGAGGCAGACCUGGUUCCCUUAGCAACAACUGAGGGAGAUAGAGGAGAGUCACUUUCUCUUUUGUGUGUGUGUGGGGGUGGAGGGGGGGGGGGUCACACCCCUCUGGACUGUUGUGGGCAUCGAGUGACACCCAAAUUCUGGGAGUAGUCGCUCAUUUGACUCAGAGUCCCCUGUAACUGUCUCUCAUCCGCAGUGAUAUUUUUUUAACUAGUUCAAUCAACGAGCAAUUUCGUAGGCUUAGGAAUUAAUUCAUCCAGAUCCUACGCCACCUGGAAUAAAUCCUUCUAUUGGGAAGGGAGAUUGGAUUGUCCAGGAAAAGACCCGCAUCGGUCCAUCUAUCCUCUCCCUGACAACAACUGAAAGAUGUCAUUAAGUUGUCAUUUGCAAAGAAACGGGGAUGUGAAGUUUAUUUUGACAUGACCUCUGACGUCAAACGGAAUAUCCAAGUUUUUUUCCAUAACCAUCAGCAAGUCUACAUAUUUAAUCCAAAAAAGUUGUAUUCGUCUUUCUCUAGGAAAGUGGGUAUGUGGACUGUUACAGCAUGGUCCAACGUUGCUAUGUUUUUCAAGUGCAAAAGGGAAAAGUUCUUUCCCAAGUAUAGAACUGUGUUUUAAAUAGCAUCUCCUCCAGAACCAUUUGAGUUGUACACACUGACACAUGAGAUGAGUUGGCUCAGUGUGAUUAUGUAAGAUUUUUUUUAUUACAGCUUCGGCACGUUUUUUUUUUUUGCCUCUUCUAUUUUCCAUGGAUUUAUCGUGUUUGACUUCUCCUGCACUCACUUUCUCCCCGGUUUUGGACGGACGCCAUUGCUGCCAGAGAGUGACCCUGUGCCGGGUGUGCGGAGCGAGGAAAGGUGUUUUGGUCGUCCAGGUGCUUUUAAGAUGUUGAGGUCUCCCUGCGUGGCCGGGCCCCCUGUUCGGAUCAGUAGCACUGAGGCUCCUCGUAGCCAAAGACAUGGACCCCGACUCGGCUCCCCCACGCCCUCAGCCUGUUGGCCACUGGCCCCACGUCACCUUGUGAAGGAUGUCCCUCAGCAGAGCUCCGGCCCGGGACACCUCUGAGACCCCCAGCCCGAGAGAACGCAUCCGCAGCCACAUGAAGAUGGUGAUUGACCAGCUGGAAGGAAUUCUCAGAGAGCUCAAAGAUGUGGCCAAGGAACUUCGGGAGGUGGUGGGCCAGAUCGAUAAACUGACGUCAGACUUUGACUUUGACCUGGAUCCAGAUGACUGGACGGUGGCAACGGCGAGCAGCACGUCCAGCAGCGAGCGCGGCCUCGGGGAAGCCUUCCGCCUCGACUUCCUCAACGCCGACGUGCUGUCCGACAGCUGGGAGUUUUGCGGCUACCUGGAGUCGGCCAGUGGGGCUUGUGCGCGAACGCCCAGCGAGCUCCCGAUGGGGUAUUAUCCCCGAGCGCCCACGGGCCGCGGGACCAUACCCACACAGACGCCCAACCUGCCUGCGGCCGCCAUGGCUUCAGUUUACUCGCAAAUGAACGGCGGGCUGCCCAUCCCCAACGGACCACGCAUCAUCACUCCAGAUUCAUCCAGCGAGGAGGCCAGCAGCUCCACACACAGCCACAAGACGAGGGAGCGGGUCAGAUUCAGUGACAAGAUCCUCUACCAUGCACUGUGCUGCGACGACGAUGACGAAGAGGAGCAGGAGGAACUACCGGAUGACAAGAGCGGCCGCGCCACGCCUGACAGCGACAGCGAGCAGAGCCUCCUCGCCGAACCUCUCACACCCAAACGCUCUUCCUCCGAGCACUCGCUCCUCCACAACUGCCUCGACCCCUCUUACGUGCCCCCGUCGGCAAGAAGCAUGACGGGAGCGCACACGUUACCCAGGAAAGGCCUCCUGAACCCCAGCUGCCGUAAAAAACUGCUCCGAAACAGCAGCACGCAAACUGUAUCGGAUAAGAGCACCCAAACUGUACUGCCCUAUAUUCCAAACAAACAGAAAACAAAGGAGCACUGA